AUGAGCCGGCUGGAGGGCUGGCUGGGCUGCGGGCUUUGCUGCUACUUGGGGGGGGACUUGGAAGGGUUUGAAGAGUUGCUGCAGGACUCUUCUUACUGCAGCAGCAACUUGUUGUAUGGGAACUGCGAUGUCUGCAGCAGGCCGCUGCAGCAGCUGGACCUGCUGCUGCUGCAGCAAGCAGCAGCAAGAGACGCAGCAGCAGCGUGCCGCUGCCCGCUGCUGCGGCCCGCGCCCCCCGUCGAGCCCGAGCCCGCUGCUGCUGCUGCUGCUGCUGCUGCUCCUGCUGCUGCUGCUGCUGCUGCGUGGACGGGGGACUGGCGGCAGCAGCAGCAGCAGCGCCAGCAGCAGCAGCAGCAGCAAGCAGCAGCAGCAGCAGCAGCAGCAGCGCCCGACUUCCAGCUGCUGCGCCUCAAAGACCCCGACUUCCUGUGUCUCCUCCUCGGCGCCAUGCUCUCCCUUGCUGCUGCUGUGCUGCAGGGCCCCGGCGGCGACGCAGCAGCAGCAGCAGCAGCAGCAGCAGCAGCAGCGGGCGGCGGCGCGGGGCGCGCGCAGCAGCUGCUGCAGGCGCUGCAGCAGCAGCGGCAGCAGCAGCAGCAGCAGCAGCAGCGCCGCGCAGCAGAACUCCUCCGAGCUGAACAAGGCUUUGCUGCUGUUGCUGCAGCAAACCCCACACAUGCUGCUGCUUACUUGGGGCUUGCUGCAUGCGCUGUGCUGCAGCGCCGCUGGGCCGACGCGCUGCUGCUCUACGCCCGCCUCGUGGCCUACCUCCCGGCCCCCCGCGAGCAGCAGCAGCAGCAGCAGCAGCAGCAGCAGCAGCAGCAGCAGCAGGAGGCGGGGUGCGUGUGCUACACGGAGACGGAGUUUGCUGCUGAACUUCGUGCUGCAGUGGGGCACUGUUUGCUGCGGCUCGGCCGGCAGCAAGAAGCGCUGCAUGCAUUCAAAAGAGCAGCAGCACUUAGCAGCCGCUGCAGCAGCGCGCUUGCUGCUGCUGCGCUGCUGCAGGGCGACAGCCGCACAGCAGCAGGGCUGCAGCAGCAAAACGAGCUGCUGCUGCAGGCGCACCUCGCGAACCCCAGCGACCCCGCCGUGCUGCUGCAGCUCUGCGGCAGGCUCGUGCUGCUGCAGCAGCAGCAAACUGCCGAGCUGCUGCUGCAGCAGCUGUGGGUCCCCCCCCACUGCAGCAACUUGGUGGCGGAGGCCAGCUACCUGCGGGGCUUGCUGCUGCAGCAGCGCGGGGAAGCAGCAGCAGCGCUGCGCGAGUUUGCUGCUGCUUGCUGCCGCACGGGGCUGCAUGCAGCAGCAGCUUUUCAUGCUGCUGAAUGUGCUGUUGCUCUCAAACAAGGCCAAGAAGCUCAGCUAGCUCUUGCUGCUGUGCUGCGGCUGCUGCCCUGCUGCAGUGAAGUUCUCGUGCUGCAGGCCUUCGCGCUGCUGGCCGAAGCAGACGGCCUCGCUGACCACUACCUUGCUGCUGCGCUGCAGCAGCAGCAGCAGCAGCAGCAGCAGCAGCAGCAGCGGCAGCAGCGGGAGGCGCACGCAGACGCGGCCGCCGCCAUGCAGCUCGACGGACACGAGCACAGGCACACCCAGCAGCAGCAGCAGCAGCAGCAGCAGCAGCAGCAGCAGCAGCAGCAGCAGCAGGUGCUGCUAAGGGACAAAGUGGAGGCCUUCUUGAAUGCUGGGUGUCUCCCCUUGGGGGCGCUGCACAAUUACGGCUGUCUCCUUUUAGCAGCAAAUAGAGCAGCAGAAGCACAGAGGCUGCUUGCUGCUCUCUUGCUGCACCUCUGCUGCCACAGCAGCACCAAGCAGCAGCAGCAGCAGCAGCAGCAGCAGCAGCAGCAGCAGGGGCUUGGGGAAAAGGCAAGCGCACGCGAUGCUGCAGGAGACGCACCCCGCAGCAGCAGCAGCAGCAGUAACAGCAGCAGCAGCAGCAGUAACAGCAGCAGCAGCAGCAGCAGCAGCAGCGACGGCGAUGCUGCUCUUGCUGCACUCUGCUGCUUCAAUUUGUGUCUCUGUUUAGCUGCACUGGGCGCUCACUCGCAGCUGUCUUUGCUGCUGCGUUUCCUUGCGUCUCCUCCAGCAGCAGCAGCAGCAGCAGCAGCAGCAGCAGCAGGCGGUGCUGCAGGCACGCCAGCAGCUUUGGGGAUCGCAGCAGCUGCGGAGUCCCCUGCGUCGCAGCGUUCGCCAGCAGCAGCAGCAGCAGCAACGGGAGCAGCAGCAACAGCAGCAGCAGCAGCAGCAGCAGCAACGGGAGCAGCAGCAACAGCAGCAGCAGCAGCAGCAGCAGCAGCAGAGAUCUGGGAAGAGGACGAAAGAGCAGCACUGCGGCCUUCUGUGCUGCGGUGUCUCCUGGCUCAUUUGGAGCUGCUGCUGCCGCUGCCGCUGCGGCAGCAGCUGCAGCAGCUGCAGCAGCUGCUGCGCAUGCAGCUGGCGCUGCAGCGGGGCUCCCUCUACGGGGCCAACUUCGCCGCCGAGGCCUUCAUCCGCAGCAGCAGCAGCAGCAGCAGCAGCAGCAGCAGCAGCAGCAGCAGCAGCAGCAGCAAAGCAGACCUGGCCCUGGCUUGCCUUUUUGCUGCUUCCUUUCAGCUCAGCGCCGGCCGCCACGAGCGCGCGCUGCAGCUGGUGCAGCGGGCGCUGGAGGUGCAGGAUCCAGCAGCAGCAGCAGCAGCAGCAGCAGCAGCAGAUAAGGGCAGCAGCAGCAGCAGCAGCAGCAAAAAGAAGAAGAGCAGCAGCGCCAAGAAACCCAGGGACCCCAUGGCGCUUUCGUUUCUUGCUGCUAUUCACUUCGCGAGAGCCAAACGCCUUUUUGCUGCAGGCCACCCCAAGGCCAACGAGGCGUUUGCGGAGUUUCGCUACAGCUGCUGCCUCGCGCUGCAGCCGCCCUUUCUGGGCAAUGCGCAUGCAGCUUUGGGGCUGGGGGUUUGGAUGGCUUACCAGGGACUGACAGCGCAGCAGCAGCACCGGCACCGCGUAGAGAUGAGGCCGCACAAGGGACUAAAGCAGCAGCAGCAGCAGCAGCAGCAGCAGCAAAUAAAAAGUAACGAAGCAACAGCAGCAGCAGUAGCAGCAGCAAUUAGAUGA